AUACAUUGCGUUCACCAUCUAAAAACCCUUCAGAAAGUCCAAACCAGAACCCUAACAAACGGACACUAUCAGGAGAAAGAGGAAGGGAAAUCCGUACAAGCUUUAUUUUGCACCUUAGAAUCCGAUGCCGGCAAUGAAGAGGAAGAAGAAAAGUCGGGGAGAGGCGGUGGAUGGAGUCCUUGUUAACGAGGAGGACCCGAAUGAGCCCACCAUGGGAGAGAAGCUCGCGAGUCUGAAUCUGACACAGAAUGAUAAAUCCAAGAGUGAUGGUGCCAAGAUUGAUGAUGACAAGAGCGGAGACGAACGGCCAGAGCCAUCUUCUCUGCUCGAGCAGCCUCCAAGUCUGGACUCCGUUCAAGUGCUGCUUAAGCAGGCGUUACGCGCCGACGACCGUGCGCUUUUGUUGGAUUGCUUGUACAACCGAGACGAGAAGGUUAUUGCGAAGUCGGUUUCUUUGCUGAAUGCGGCGGAUGUUCUCAAGCUUUUGCAGUCUCUGGUUUCGAAUAUUCAGUCAAGGGGUGCAAUUUUGGCAUGUGCACUUCCAUGGCUAAAAAGUGUCCUUCUUCAACAUGCAAGUGGAAUAAUGUCCCAGGAAUCUUCUUUACUUGCCCUAAAUUCUUUAUUUCAGCUCAUAGAGUCGAGAGUCUCAACUUUUGAAUCAGCUAUUCAACUAUCCAGUUGCUUGGACAUCCUUUACACAGGGGUUGUUGAUGAUGAAGUAGAGGAGAAUGGCACCACAGUGCCAGUAGUUUAUGAGGACAAGGAUGAAAGUGAUGAAGAGGAAUCUGAGGACGCUAUGGAAACUGAUCAAGAUAGAGAAGAUGAGGAAGCAUCAGAUGAAGCAUUUGAUGGUGUUGAUGACAUUGAGGGAAGUGAUGGCAUCACCGAUUGAUGCAGAUUGCUAAUUUGUGUUGUAUUUGAGCAAUUGAGUCCAAUAUGGAUUUGGAUUUGAAAUAUUGCCUUGGAAAUUAA